AUGGCGAAUGUUGAGAUUAAUUUAGUGCCGAACUCUGACCCAUGUGGCCAGUCGUCGGAAUAUGUGGCGACAGGGAACAGAGAUGUUGACGUUGCAAAUGUGCAGCGGUCUCCAAACAGUGCAAGUGUGGUUGCAGGUCAGGCAGUAACUGGAGAAACUGUUACCGUUAGAUUUCCUUAUCAUGUCUGUGAGACUGGAGAAAACAAAAGUUCUGCAGCAACUGCAGUGAGGAAUGUUGAUGUUGCAAAUGUGCAACUGUCUCCAAACAGCGCUUGUGUGGUUGCAGGUCAGGCAGUAACUGGAGAAACUGUUACCGUUAGAGUACCAUAUAAUGUCUCGAAGACCAGAGAAAACAAAAGUUCUGUAGCAACUGCAGUGAGGAAUGUUGAUGUUGCAAAUGUGCAACGGUCUCCAAACAGUGCAAGUGUGGUCGCAGGUCAGGCAGUAACUGGAGAAACUGUUACUGUUAGGGUUCCUUAUAAUGUCUCACAACCAAGAGAAAGUUCAGCAUCAGCUGCAGUGAGGAAUGUGCAGACAACCCCUGGUUCAGCAGGUGCAGAGGUACAGGUGUGUUCAUCAAGGGCUCCUUACUUUCCUCAGAACGCUAGUCCAAUCACUGGCACUGCAGAUACAUGUAUUACAGGUGUUACACCAUUUGCACCUGUAACUCUAACAAUACCUUAUAGUCCAGGUACUGAAAGUGUCACAGAAAGUACUCUUAAUUUGUCACAUCUUGAGAAUUUGCACAUAACAGAAGGUAGAAAAUCACCCGUUCCAGGGAGGCCAGAUUUUGAAUUGGCAAGGGGAGAUAAUCUUCCUGUAACAGUAACAACAGCACUUGUUGUGGACAGUCCCAUCAGUAUAGGGAUGAUAGGUGAUCGAAGUGGACAAUCCACAAUUAGCCCUGAUACAGACAUGGAAGUUACGCAGGUUUUGACGGCUGAGAUUGUUACAGAUAUUUCUGUGACUUGCAAGACGACGCUAGAUACAGAGGUGGAAGGGAAAGCUUCCAAACGGGCUAGGAAUGCUCACCUUCGGGGUGUUCUGGAGAAGCUAGCAGCUAAGAAGAGGGCAGGGGAAGUCCUACUCAUCACCUCCUUCACCUUCACCAUCACCAUCACUACCAUCACCAUCGCUACCAUCACCACCUUCACCAUCACCAUCAUUACCAUCACCACCAUCACCAUCACCAUCAUCACAUUCACCACCUUCACCAUCACCACCUUCACCAUCACCAUCACUACCAUCACCAUCACCACCUUCACCAUCACCAUGUGA